ACGGUGAUGGAGUAUAAGACUCUGUAAGAAUGUGAUCACAUUCGAAAAAGAUCUCAUUGUGUUCCUUGGUUUGGACGAGCUGAAGAAAAAUCAAAAUGCAUCUACUUCUGCUUUCGGCUUUCAUUUCAUCCUUUUUAAAGAUCAACGAGGGUUCAGCUUCCGAUUGGUGCUACCAAUCCCAGGACCCCUGCAGUUCCCGCUGUAAAGGUCCAGAGAAUUGGAAGGACAGUGUAAAUGGGCGUGUCUGUGCGGGGAAAUCUCAGUCUCCCAUUAACAUUGUGACUAAGCGAACGCUCUUCGAUGACCUGCUUACCCCUCUCAAGUUCGAAGGCUACCAGAAUGCCUUUAAUAGCCACAUGGUAAACAACGGACAUUCUGUUAAAGUGGACGUGGCCACCAGCGCCACGAUCAGUGGCGGGAACCUGAGCUCGGUGUACAAGGCUGUCCAGUUCCACCUGCACUGGGGCAAGGACGGAGGGCCCGGAUCUGAACACACUGUGGACGGGGAGCAGUACCCCAUGGAGCUGCACAUUGUUCACAUGAAACAACAUUACGCCUCUUUGGGUGACGCACUUAAAGACCCUACUGGCGUAGCAGUCCUGGGAUUCUUCUAUGAGGAGUCGCCAAGUGCAAACAAAAAUUAUGAGCCCUUCAUCAAAGCCCUGAGUAACGUCAAAGUAACAGGAACCAAUACGACCAUCCACAUUCAGUCUCUGAGUUCCCUCCUUCCUUCGCCGAAAAAUCUGACCAGCUACUUCCGCUACAAGGGCUCCCUCACCACCCCCGGCUGCGUAGAGUCGGUCGUCUGGACCGUGUUCGAACACCCGAUUCUUCUCAACGCAGACCAGCUCAAGGCCUUCUCCGCGGUUAAGUUCAAGGACGGGAAGCCCAUGGUGGACACGUUCAGGCCGGUGCAGCCGCUGCACGGGCGCAAGGUGUACCGGUCGGCGAGCGACGUGGUCCUGGCCAGCGCCACGCUCCUGGCCGUCUCCAUCUGGGCAGCCCUCGGACUGUCGUGGCCCAACUAGACGAGGAGGGGAGGGGAAGGGAGGGGAGGGGAGGGGAGGGGGGGGGCCGGCCAUCAGCUAACACGCACAAACACGAGCUCACGCCAAAACCAGGAAACAAGCCACGCCUCAGCGGGAACCAUUCGCCCUCGUCACGGAGCGACCGGUGACGCACCAGACCCCUCGAAAACACGACGAAAGCUCAAAAAGUCCGUCCGCUCCUCAGCAUUGCAUGCACUGAUACGUUCGUGACCAUACUACUGACGAUGCUGUGCGCUGUCCUUUCCGAUCCAGGGACUUUGGCUUUCGUUGAAGGCCGGCUGUCGCAAGGCCCUUGUAGGAACUGACAUUAUCCAGUGACAAGAUCUGUCCCUGUAAAUUAGCUUGAGGCUAACAAUAGUAACACUCAAGUGAUACUUGGUAACAAUGCCCCAGCAACGCAUGCCCUUUCUUCAGGUUUUCCCUUACCCCCUGCCAAAAAUCACUUCUGUUUAUCCUUCCUCUGAAUCGCGCAGCAGAGAGAGCACAGUAAGGGCCGAUGAUGAACGCCACAUUGUUCUGAGUUCACAGGCGCUAAUGUGCUGCACACUUCCUCCCCGCCGACAGUAUUUAGCCUGAUGACACAGCAGGGUGUUAAGAAUGUUCCCGGGGCACGUAAUGAAAUGGGGAGGGUGGAGCGCACGAGGGGCUGGAAAGGCACACGCCAGCUUUAAUAUAAACGAAUGUCAGUUUGUGUCAGAAGCCAGACACCCCCCCCCUCCCCCACCCCAAAAAAAUCUUCAUCUGUAAUAAUGGCAAGCGUGUAAGCACUUUCGCUGUCUUGUGACAGGUCCCUGUACUUCUGAAGUGCCACAGCCAAUGUGAGACGCAGAACUCGUGCAGGCAGCCUGUGCAACCAUCAGCAGGUCUACAGUGCUCCACUCUUCCAUUGUGCACCACAUGCAAGCUUGCUGUCAGUCGCAGGCUCGGCCAAUCAGAUUAAAGCUGGACCGGGUUUAAAUUAACCUCAAAGCCUGUCAUGCAGGGAUGUGAGAGUGAUGAUUCUCAAGUAUGUUUUUCUGGUCUGAUUUCCAAAUGGCCAAAGGGGGAUAUUUUAUCUACAUCUGUAAAAAAAUAAAAGAAAAAAAUAAGAAUACUCAACUUUGCUUUUGAGACUGGGACGAUAUCUGUGCAUUUACUGUAUUAAAUAGUAGGGGACAUACAGUUUCCAAUGUUUUGUAAUACUGUUAUUUUUCCCCCAUAUUGUGUUGUACACAUGUAUUUAUGUAUGUGUAUAUUAAUAUAAAGAGGCACUGGUUUGUUAUUUAUAUACAUUUUUAUUAUUCAUUUGAAAAAUCAGCCAGCGGAAAAAGGAAUGGGAAAUGUAAUCAUGAUGCCAUUUUUCAGGCGCUGACCACUGUGACAUUGCUCUUUGUCCUGUAAGCAGUUGUGAAAUGCUUGUACAUACACAGCAUUCAGAGCAAUGACUACAUUGCCUGUGAAUUUAGUACUAGUGGGGGUGAUGCUGAGUAAAUAAUAUUGCAAAUAAAGGGAAGAAUACGUUCAAAUGUCAA